AUGAAUGAUAUAUUCGAAUUAAUUGAUUUUGCUCAGUUUGCUGAUGAAGAUAAUGCACCUAAAAGGUACAUCAGGGAUCAAGAAAACCCUGUAGAAUUAUUUUCUGAUCUUCAAUUUUACAAAAGAUACAGGUUCUCUAAAGAAGUAGUUAUGGAUAUUAUUAUGCCAUUAACUACUAUUCAUCACAAUAAUAAUCGUGGUUUGCCCAUCCCACCUAUUCUACAACUCUUAACAACACCGCGGUUUUACGCAUCUUCAAACUUUCAAAUUGUAAAUGGUGACUUAAGAGGAAUUAACCAAGGAACUGUAUCAAGAAUAAUUAAAAAUAUAUCUGAAAUGUUGGCAAGUAAUGUAAAAAAUCAUGUACAUUUCCCUAGAAAUGCAGAUGAAUGGAAUAUUAUAAAAGAAAAAUUUUACCAAACCUACAAGAUGCCGGGAAUUGGUGGAUGCAUAGAUUUUAUCAGUUAUCAAACAGCAGAUUUAAACCCAAUCACAGAGAAAGCUGUUUGUGGACCAUCGAUGGCAUUUUUAGAUAUAGUUGUAAGAUGGCCUGGAAGCUACCAUGAUAGCUUUAUAUUUAGUGGAAGCCAUGCAAACAAAUACUUUUCUGAAAGUAUUGACCAUGUGUUAUUGCUUGGAGAUGGAGGUUAUGCAUGUAAACCUUAUUUGUUUACACCUUUAAGAACCCCUGUAACACCAUCAGAGCGAAAGUAUAAUAAAUGUCAGAUUAGAACAAGAAAUAUAAUAGAACGGACAUUUGGAAUAUGGAAAAGAAAAUUUCCUUGUUUGAGAAGAUGUCUUGCUAAUGCACCUGGUACAACUGUAAAUAUUAUUCCUUCUUGUGCAUUACUUCACAACAUCUCUCAAAAAUAUAAUCAAUAUACUACAUACAGUGAUGAAGAAGAGGAAGAUGGUGAAGUUGCUGGAGAAAUUGACCACAGUAUACUAGGACCUGCAGCAAGACAAGCUUAUAUCAUAAGGCAUUUCAGUUAA